CAAUCAACAACAUCCCAAAAUUUAAAGGUCUAAAUUGAACUAGUAAUAAAAACAACAGGGAUGUUUCUGGUACAGGGGUCAAAUCAUGGGCUUAUUUUGCGACUUCGCCUUCUCUUUUCUUCCUCAUCGUAAUAACGAGCCAAAUUGGCAGUGAAAACCUUUAUAUAUUCUCCCUGUUUUCUCUCUCUUCCCGUGUGUUUUUCAACCAAAAGCUCGACUUCUGCAACUGAUAUUUCUCAGGUUUUAACGCUCAUAUCGAGUCUAUAUUUGGAUGUAAAUCUCAUAAAAGGGGGAAAAAAAGAUGUGAAAGUACAGAUGUCCCUCUUGGAGUCACCAUGAACCUUAACGUUUUAUAAGCAUAAACUGAAGCGAGGAAAAAGAAAUGAAGCUAAUGUGGUUCAGAGCUGCAUCUAUUUUUGUUAGGUUAUUGAAAGCUGUAUAUGUAUUCAUUCAAGACACUUGCAGUUUUAUCUGAAAGAAUAUUCUUGCAGUGUUUUAUUUAUAAUAUGGAGCUGAUGAGUUGGUCUUGAUAGUUGUCUUUUGCUUUUUGCUUGGAAAAGGAUGUUGUAGAGUUAUUUAUCAUGGCGGGGUUGGAAGAAUUGAAGAAGAAGCUCACGCCAUUGUUCGAUGCUGAAAAGGGUUUCUCCUCUGGGUCAACCUUGGAUCCUUGUGAUUCUUAUACGCUAUCGGACAGCCGGACUGUUAACUUAUUAAGCAGAUCUUAUGGGGUAUACAACAUUAAUGAGCUUGGGUUGCAAAAGUGUACCUCAUGGCCAACAGAUGACUUAGACCAUGGGGAGAAGACAUAUAAAUGUGCAUCUCAUGAGAUGAGGAUAUUUGGAGCCAUAGGUAGUGGUGCAAGCAGUGUUGUCCAGAGAGCUAUUCAUAUACCUACUCAUCGAAUCCUUGCCUUGAAGAAAAUUAAUAUUUUUGAGAAGGAGAAAAGGGAACAGCUGCUCACAGAGAUCCGCACGUUGUGCGAGGCACCUUGUUAUCAGGGUCUAGUAGAAUUCCAUGGAGCAUUUUAUACUCCUGACUCAGGGCAAAUAAGCAUAGCUUUGGAGUACAUGGAUGGAGGGUCCUUGGCAGAUGUAAUACGAGUGCAGAAGUGUAUACCAGAACCAGUCCUUUCAUCAAUGUUUCAAAAGCUCUUGCAUGGAUUAAGCUACUUGCAUGGAGUUCGACAUUUGGUUCACAGAGACAUAAAGCCUGCGAAUUUGCUUGUAAAUCUCAAAGGGGAGCCAAAGAUAACAGAUUUUGGUAUUAGUGCUGGCUUAGAGAAUUCGAUGGCAAUGUGCGCUACUUUUGUUGGAACUGUCACAUACAUGUCACCUGAGCGAAUUCGAAAUGAAAGCUAUUCUUACCCAGCUGAUAUUUGGAGCCUUGGGCUUGCUCUCUUUGAGUGUGGGACCGGAGAAUUUCCAUAUACUGCCAACGAAGGACCUGUAAAUCUUAUGCUGCAGAUUUUGGAUGAUCCAUCACCAUCGCCCCCAAAUCAUGUCUUUUCACCUGAGUUCUGCUCAUUUAUUGAUGCUUGCCUGAAGAAGGAUGCAGAUUCAAGGCCGACGGCUGAGCAGCUGCUUUCACAUCCAUUUAUCACAAAAUACGAGGAUGCAAGGGUGGAUUUAGGAGCAUUCGUCCGAAGCGUUUUUGAUCCAACUCAGCGUAUGAAGGAUUUGGCCGAUAUGCUGACAAUACACUAUUACUUACUCUUUGAUGGACCUGAUGAACUUUGGCAACACACAAGGACAUUUUAUAAUGAACGCUCAACUUUCAGUUUCUCAGGCAAAGGUUAUAUUGGUCCAAAUGACAUAUUUGCCUCAUUGUCAAAUAUUCGGAGUACAUUAGCAGGUGAAUGGCCCCCAGAAAAGCUCGUGCAUGUUGUGGAAAAAGUUCAGUGCCGUGUUCAUGGUAGAGACGGUGUUGCCAUACGUGUAUCCGGUUCCUUUAUUGUUGGUAAUCAAUUCCUUGUAUGUGGAGAUGGUGUACAAGCAGAGGGAUUGCCAAAUUUUAAGGAUCUUUCGAUUGAUAUGUCGAGGAGGCGAAUGGGAACAUUCCAGGAACAGUUUAUUAUGGAACCGGGAAAUGUUAUUGGUCGGUACUUAAUAGCUGGACAAGAGCUUUAUAUUAUGCAGUAGGAAUUGACAGUGACUUUUGUCUCACAAAGGGAUCUUUGCGAAGAAGGUAAGGGCCUCUUGAAUUGUGUUGGUUGUGAAGCACUUGAUUAUGUAUUUACAUCCCCCACCACUUGAACUAGUAUUAUCGAUUCAAUUGUGAUCACACUAUCUAUUAUUUUGUAAAUUAUGUAAGUCACAACAAUUGGUAUGGUAAGUGUCAAAUGCUACCGGCACAACGGCAAGGUUGUAACCUAGUACUCAUGGGUUAGAUGUGGAAAUAGCCUCUUUGCUUGCAGGGGUAAAGCUGCAUACAUCAAACACUUCUCCAGACAUUGCAACAGCGAGAGCCUCGCACACGGGUAGCCAUAGUGUUAAAUGCCAAUUGCAUGAAAAUGUGUGUUGGGAGUGUCACAAAGGGGAGCUAAGAAGCUUUAAGUUCUAGGAAGCACAAGUUGUGCCCGUAGAUAUUGAUGUAACUCAGUUGCUCCUCUUGUAGCAUGUCUAUGGAGGAGUUGAAUUUAGAGAUGUUCUUUCUACCACUUGUGAGGACAUUAGUUGUUCGUAAGGUCGUAUGUAUAUUUCCUACGCAAUUUUUAAUUUACCAACCUCUAUUGAUAUUGAAACCUUUCAUUUUAGCGCA